AUAGCGUAUUGAGUUAGCCCAAUGAAAGAUUAGAGCAUGAUUCAUAAACGAUGGGCUCGUUCCUAAACAAAGCUUAAAAUUUGAUUUGUAGAUAAAAACUAGGACUUGGCGUGCGGUAGGUUUGUUCAAGCAUGUCCAAUAACCUGUAAAAAAUGAGUUUCAGCACCCUUCCAUAGGAACAAUGAGUUUUAGUGCCCUUCCAUGUCACAAUUCAACAAGACUUGUGCAUCCUAACUAGUCUAGGGUCAUUGAGACUAGGGUAUUGCCAACCAUUGGAGGAGGGGCAUGGUGCCGAAACUGUUAACUGGUAUCGUGAAUAUGUCAGAUUUGUUAGAGUUUUGGAAGGAAAAUUCAAAAUUUUUCUUCGCUCUUGAGAUCUCUAAAAUCAUCUCGAAUUUAGUCCCACAUUGUAAAGGGACAAUCCAAGCAGGUUUUAAGUAAAUCAAUUUAAAAUUAUUAUCCUUAUCAUAUAGUUUAUAUAAAUUCAAAGUUUAUCGAAACUAAUAUUUAAACACCUCCGUUUCGUGAAACUCUCUUUAUGGAAGGACUCUUGUAACAAGAUCAACUCAUGACCCAACUUGUUUAGGUAUAGCUUGAUCUUGAUUUUUCGGUUCUGUGAUUGUGAUUGGGUCUAAAAUAUGAUCCAUUCGGGUCUAAAAUGUGAUUGGGUCUGCAGGGGAAAAGCGCCGCGUCCAAAGGGUGAUCCAACUAUUUCUCCUACAUUCUCUGCUUUGCACUAUACGCCCUGCUCAUCACCUUCUCUUCACCCAUUUCUCUCUCUUUCCUUCCUUCCUCUCUCAAACACACGCAGACCUUGAGAUAAUAAAAAGAAGAAAGAAAAAGAAGUUACCACCAGUGGUACCCUGGUAAGGCUGUAAGAAAAGAUGGGGGAAGUGACACCAGAGAUGGAGAGGAUGUUCCAGCGCUUCGACACCAACGGCGACGGGAAGAUCUCAUUGGCCGAGCUCGGGGAAGCCCUCCUCACCCUCGGCUCCACCUCCGCUGAUGAUGUCCAGCGCAUGAUGGCGGAGAUCGACACCGAUGGCGAUGGCUACAUCGACUUCAACGAGUUCUCCGCCUUCUGCCGCGCCAACCCCGGUCUCAUGAAGGAUGUUGCUAAGGUGUUCUAGAUUCCUUCUUUUCUUAAUUCUUUCUUUCUUUUCUUUUCUUUUCUUUUCUUCCUUUCUUUUUCUUUGAGUUUUCGUAUAUCUUGUUUCUAUUGAGAAGUCUCUGUGGCCUUCUACGUUGCCAUGCAUAUUUUAUUAAUUGUGUAAUGAUGAUUAUUAACUUAAUGUGCAAUUCGUGAUAAAACAUUUGAAAAUGUGGUUUAUGUAGUAUCUAUGUA